UUUUGAAUUUGAACAAGUUAAAAUGAUUUUGUAAAUUGGUGCUAGUACAAACAAAUUCUAAAAUAACUUUAAAUACGUUUACGGUAGCGUACAUGAAAGUGAACUUAAAAAUGGUAGAUGCAGAGAUAAGUGAUUUGAGAAAGCAAUGUGUCGCGAGUUUGUAUUCUUGUGCAGAAAAUGUCGCAUUGUUUUUGGAUGGGCAAGAAAAGAAAACAGAGUUUCUUAAGCUGAAGUCUUGUAUCGAUGAAUAUUGCAUGAUGGAAGCGCGCCAAGACGUUGCCAACCAAGCAUUAGAAAAGGCUAAGGACGAGAUUGACUCGAACAUUGAAUCAUUGCAGAAUAGGUUUGAGUUAUAUUUGGACAGCCUUGCCCAAAGACAUGAGGACAACAACCAACAUCCCUAUAUGGUAGAACUGAAUAAAAAAAUUGAAAUAGGCUGCCGGAAAGCUACACAAAACUUAGAUGACUGUGAUUUAGCUAUUACAGAAACACAAGAUAUAUAUAUUGACCCUAUCACAAAGCGGCCAGUGUCCGACCCGGUCCAGAACAGUGUGUGCGGCCAUGUCUAUGACAAGGAGUCCAUCAUGAAAUUAAUCAAUACAAGGAAUAAAGUGAUCUGCCCAGUGGCGGGCUGCGGCAGCCGGCAGCCUGUGCGCGCCUCGCAGCUGGUGCCUGCGUAGUGUCUGCGCUGCGGCUAGUGUCUGCGCGACGGCUGGUGUCUGCCCUGCGGCUAGUGUCUGCGCACCCUACAUUACAUACUCCGGACUCAACUUACUGUAUUUGUGCAUUUUUAGUUAUAUUAAAUCUUUUAUAAAAAUGUA